CCUUUUCAAUAAAAAAACCCCUGCGCAAAUCCAGGAACAGGAAGGCCUUACGUAUAUGUAUGCGCAUGAAUAACCAGGUUCCGGGGCCUAACAGCGAACGGAUGACGAUAUUCAAUGGGCGAUCCUCGUUCCUGAAACGAGGAUCGGCAGACCAGCUCCUGCCUGUCAAAAGUCAUCCCCUGCGGCGCAGAUCGCUCGAUAAACGACUUAAAAAACGAAUAUAAAUGAAGAAAACACGCCGUUUUCGACAUCGCCAUAGAUAUGUGAUACCUACUUAGAUAGGCAGAUUGGCGUCUAUCUGUCUGUCUCGAUUUUCCUCUCGAAUCCGCGCCAGUCACCCGCGUAUUACUGCUCCGAUACGUCAGCCAAAAUGAAGCUCACGAUCCAGAUGGGCGCAUUGCUCGCCCUCGUCUCCAGCCAACUUGUCCACGGCUGGAACGCAACGAUCUACGACUCGGGCAACUGCGCAGGCAACCGCUAUCAUAUCUAUCCGUUGACGCAGUAUACCAAGUACUUUGAAAUGGACGGCUCUUGGGGCGCAGAGAUAGACUGCACCUUCGAGGACAUAAAGAACGGCACUGCUGGCCCCUGUAAAGACCAAUUCCCAGUUGGAAAAUCGGUCUUUACCUCUGUUGGUUCUUGCAAGACGUACUCGGGUGGACACUCCAGCGGCGAGCGCGAAGCGAGCCAGAAGGAAGGCGAGUGCAAGACGACGGGUUUCUCCAUUCGCUCGGUGGUAUGCUACGAUGGAUGAUGUCGUGACGGUUAGGUGAAUCAAUUGAUCGUCCGGGUGAGGCCGCCGAUUGAAGUUCACGCUGAGGAACAGACGGCACACAUACGCUGGGGAGGCGGAGGGCGGUUGAAAUACCACCUUCUUAUUAUGCCGGAACACACCUUUCAGCUAGACUGGGAAUCGGUCUUGUCUAGCUGGCAUCGUAUCGACGAGGAAUGCGACGGGGGCAGAGUGGGAUCUUGUGUUCUGAUGUCCGCCAGAAGCUGACGUCUGCAUCACAUCGCUUCUUUCUUCUUUCUCCGGGUGUAACGAGCUUGAAACUCGUAGCUGCAAUAC